AUGUCUCGUGGAAAGCAAUUUACUCUGUGCUCCUUCGUUCAUGGGACGAAUGGCUGGAAGGUUGCAUUUGUCCUGGAAGAGCUUGCUCUUGAGUACGAGACGAUUUACCUAGAUCAGCCUGAGAACAAGCCAUUGAUCCCUCAGUAUGUGCCGAAGUGCAAUCCUAACGCCCGUUUUCCCAUCUUGAUCGACCACGAAAAUAAUGACUUCGUCGUUUGGGAAUCCAACGCCAUCAUUACCUACCUGGUCCAGAAGUAUGACACGUCUCUCAAGAUAUCCGUCGACGACCCAAAAGAGAAGAUCAUCCAGCUCCAGUGGCUACUCUUUCAAGCGUCCGGACAAGGGCCCUCCUUUGGACAGGCGGCGUGGUUCAAGUCGUCUCAUCCCGAGACACUCCCCAGUGCCAUCGAAAGAUACAUGAAAGAGACCCUGCGUAUUUUUGGCGUUUUGGAGACCGUCCUUUCGAGGCAGGAGUGGCUUGUAGGCGGAAAGUACACGGUAGCGGACAUCUCAUUCAUUCCUUGGAAUGAAUACGCGCUGCGAGGCUUCCUCGCUGAUCAUGACGGGUUCAACUUCGAGAAGGACUUUCCUUCCGUCUACAAAUGGUACCAGGCUAUGCUCGCGCGGCCAUCUAUAGCUGAAGUUAUCGCUGUCAAAGAGUCCAUGAUGACGAAGUAG